AUGAAGACGAUUGCGUUACUUACGGACUUUGGUGUUGGCGAGUAUGUUGGCAUCAUGAAGGGUGUCAUUCUUAAAACAAUUAAAAGUCCGGUGAAUAUCGUUGAUAUCAAACAUGACAUUGAACCACAAAACAUUCUUCAAGCGUCAUGGAUUCUUUCGACGUGUGUGAACUACUUUCCCGAAGAUACCAUAUAUGUGUGUGUAGUUGAUCCUGGCGUUGGGGGUGAUCGAGCAGAUCUAUUGAUUCAAACAAAAACAGCGACAUUCAUUGGUCCGAACAAUGGUCUCUUCACUCACACACUCAAACAAAACAAUUUUGACAUCCUCCACGUCUAUUCACUCCACUCCAAAACGUCCUCCGCUACUUUUCAUGGCAGAGAUGUCUUCUCUCUUUCUGCAGCUCAAUUUGCAAACGGUGACGUCAUCAACGCAACGGAAAUCCCUUUCCAAGAGAUCGUCUAUUUAAACAUAUCCAACAACACACAAGACACCAUCCACAUCGUUUCAAUCGACACUUUUGGCAAUUUAAUAUCUGACACACCAACUUCUUCUUUCACCCACAACCAACUCGCUUCGUUAAAAUCACUCGAACAAUUCAAAACAGGUCAAAUCAGUGACGUUGCCUUUGUCAAAACUUAUGAAGAAGGUGCAAAGCAUAACAUCGCCUUAAUUCUUCUCGAAGGCAGUAAUAACACGCUUGAAGUUUCCAAAGUCAAUGGCAGUGCAGCUCGUCUUCUUUCUGUCACUAUCGGUGAAACUCUCAAAUUACAUUUUCUCUAA